GGAUUGAUGACAUAAAAAAUAAAAUUAGAGGUUUUUGCUGUUUCCUCUAUCUAGGAAACUUCUAAAAUCUAUUUUUAAUCUUAAGAAUGUCCCCCUGAUUGAAAAAAGGUGAGUAAAUACAUUUUUGAAAUCUAAUCAGGUCAUAUGUACCUGAGUGCAUAUAUAUAACAUAUAUGCACUUUACACGCAUUUCUUGAAUGUAAAUGUUUAGAAUUGAGCAUUUGUUUUGAUGUUAUUUCACUUCCUCUUUUACUUUGAAAAUUUCCAUCUUACACACUUGUCUUCGGAUACUGCUUCCGGUCGUUAUCUUUCACCUGCGCGCAGACGGCGUCCCUCUCGAAGUUACGUGUUUUCCAUUUUUUUUUUGUUUUUUAAAUUAGAGACGUACACUUUUUAUUUAUUUCUUUUAAUUCCCUUUACGUCCUAUAAAAUUUUUAGAAUACUUAUUUUCGACACGGAAUUUUUCGCAAUCAAAGUGGACUAAGUUCAAAUGGUGAAAAGAAUAUGGCGGACAGGUUCUUCUUCUCUGAACUUUGGUUCCUGUUUGGAUAUUACCUACGGCUGCUUCCAUGUCCAUACAGAAAGAGCAUCAAGCAUGAACGGCGAGGAGGGAGGGAAGGGGAGUGGCUGAGAGAGGCGGAGAGGAUAGAGGAAGAGGAAGAGGCAGCCUCUCAGCAGCAGCAGCAGGUUUUUGAAAGCAGCAGCCGGAGGAGGAAGAAGUAAAGGAGGACGGGGAACCGGAGCGUGUGGCUGCAGUGAGGGGGGAGCGCCGACUGGAGAAAGAUUUCCCCUCCUCACCUCCCUGACCCAUGAAAGAAGCCAUGCCGGUGCUCACAGCAGGAGCAGGGCUCCAUGAAACUCUGGCCCUGCUGACCUCUCAGCUGCGGCCCGAUGCCAACCACAAAGAGGACAUGGUCUUCCUGAAAGACGUCUUCAGUGAGAGGAGUCUGGGUUACCUCAUGAAGAUUCACGAGAAGCUGCGUCAGUACGAGAGGCAGAGCCCCACACCUGUGCUCCACAGCGCCUCCUCUCUGGCUGAGGAUGUGGCAGAGGAGCUGCAGAGUGGACCGAUGAGCUCCGACGAGAAGGAGCUUCUGCACCUCCUGACGUCUCCACACCUGAAGGCCGUCCUCUCGGUGCACGACACCGUGGCGCAGAAGAACUUUGACCCCGUUCUGCCGCCGCUGCCCGACGACUUUGAAGACGAGCUGGAAGAGGAGUCUGUGAAGAUCGUCAGACUGGUGAAGAACAAGGAGCCUCUGGGAGCCACCAUCAGGCGCGAUGAGGCGUCUGGGGCCGUCAUCGUGGCUCGCAUCAUGAGAGGAGGUGCAGCUGACCGAAGCGGUUUGGUUCAUGUUGGAGAUGAACUCAGGGAAGUCAACGGGGUUUCUGUCGUCCACAAAAGACCUGAUGAGAUCAGCCAGCUGCUGUCACAGUCUCAGGGCUCCAUCACUCUGAAGAUCAUUCCCGCCAUUAAGGAGGAGGACAGACUGAAGGAGAGCAAGGUUUACGUGCGAGCUUUGUUCGACUACAUCCCCUUGGAAGACAAGGCCACGCCCUGCCAGGAGGCGGGGCUUCCCUUUAAACGAGGGGACAUCCUGCAGAUCGUGACACAGGACGACCCCACGUGGUGGCAAGCGAAGAGGGUGGGGGACAGUAACCUGCGGGCCGGACUGGUUCCCUCCAAACAGUUCCAGGAGAGACGACUGGCUUACAGGAUGAAAAUGGGCACACUGCCGAAUCCAAAAUCCCCUAAAAAGCCUGCCUCUGAACAAGGAUGUGACAAAGAGGACUGUGACUGUGAGGGCUAUUUCAAUGGACAGUACAUAGUCUCUCCUAAGUGUAAAGCAGUGGCGCCCUCCUGUGGCCAGGUGUUUUCCUGGGAGUUUUAUUCAGCUGGUUUACGGAGGAGCUUCCGGCUGAGCCGGAAGGACCGGCAGGGCUCCUCUGCCGACGGCCUCGAUUCUGGAGAUCCCGAGUUCCUGACGUACGAGGAGGUGACCCGCUACCAGCAGAGGCCCAACGAGAGGCCUCGCCUGGUGGUUCUGAUUGGUUCUCUUGGAGCACGGAUAAAUGAGCUUAAACAGAGAGUGAUUGCUGAAAACCCGCAUCGUUAUGCAGUAGCUGUUCCACAUACAACUCGACCCAAGAAGCCUCACGAGAAGGACGGAGUGGAGUACCACUUUGUCACCAAACAGCAGUUUGAUGCAGACGUUCUGAGCAACAAGUUCAUAGAGCACGGCGAGUACAAAGAAAACCAGUAUGGCACCAGUAUUGAAGCUAUCCGCUGCGUCCAGGCCAAGAACAAGAUGUGCAUCGUUGACGUGCAGCCUGAGGCCGUGAAGAGGCUGAGGACAACAGAGUUUAAACCAUACGUCAUAUUUGUCAAACCUCGCAUUCCUGAAAGCAGACGGCGCCGCAGCGCAGCCACCUCACCAGCAGGGGGAGACCAUGGCCGCGUUACAGAUGAAGACCUCCAGGAGAUGCGUCAGUCUGCCAUCCAGAUCGAUCAGCAGUAUGGACACCUGGUGGACCGGGUCCUGAUCAAAGAAGACUCUGCCAGUGCCUGUGCAGAACUGCAGGGUAUCCUGGAAAGGUUGGAGCGAGAGACGUUCUGGGUACCUCUCAGCUGGGUCCGGACUUAAACCCAACAACCUCCAAUCUGUUUACCGGUCCUCUCCCACGAAGAGACGACCCCCCUCCUGCAUACAAGCCCAACCAGACUCUAAAAUGGACACAAAGUCAGAGAAUACCUCAGUUUUCCAGCAGGUUCGCUGCUGAAAGUCUCAGUUCCUGAUACCACAGAUGGAUAAAGGUUUAUCUUUCUGAAUCUCUUGAGGAGCAGCUGGAAAUUAAACUUUCAAUUUGAAAUUGCAGAUUUUGCUCAUUGCUACAGUUAUAUCAACCUAAUGAUUUUAACAUAUUUUGUAGAAAACUCGUCAACCAAACUACAUAUUACAGCACCUCUACCUUCUUUUUCUCACUGUAGCUAAAUGAGUCUGGAUCUCAGUUGGCUUCAUCAUGACUCUUGUUGGAGUCUUUAGUAGCAUGAUUGAAUUUUUUUGGACUCUACAGCUCAUGCAUCCUGUAGUAUAUCAGUAUUUCACAAAUGUCAUGACACAGCAAUGCAUUUUUCUAAGUAAUAAAUACCAAACAAAGGUAUAGGAAAUGCAUGACCUCACAUGUAAAUACUGUACAUUUACUCUGCGUGCCAACGAAUGAUGUCGUAGCACUUCAAUGCAACUUCCUGAGUCCCUGAGAAACCACAUCCGUUUGUGAUGGACGUGCGGUUUCUGGCUGAAUGGGUUGUGUCUCUUUUGCAUAUAGGAAUGGAUUUUGUAAAGUUUUCUGGCACAAACAAAGAAUUUUUACUCUGACAGACGUGACCUCUCACUUCCAUCAACCUCUCUCUCAGCAGUUCAGAAGAACAAUUGUAGCAGCUUUUCUUUAGCAUGUCAGCAUUCUGUUGAGUCUUUAAAGACACAAACUUAACACCACUGUUCUGUAAACACACCCAGAAUGUUUGUAACCUAACAUGUACACAGUGCCAUAAUAAAGCAAACUGAAUUCAACAUUUA